AAUCGAUUAAUCGAUUAACUGAGAAUGGUUGGUCAUAACUCCGAUUAAAAAGCUGCGAGGAUUCCUGAGUUUAGGAGCGGCCCUUGAAGGCAUCAUUUCCUGGGAAAGUGGGAGGUGAAUGUUUUCAACGUGCCUGUCAUCAGUAACGUUAGAGGGGCAGAGACUAGACCAGCAGAGAACCAGAGAACAGCAGAGACCAGCAGAGCCGUCGGGACCUGGAAAGUGGCCGGGCGGGGGAGACUGGGCAGCCAACCUCAGGAUUCAGUGAAGAUGGGAAUAAGUCGUUGUUGUCGAAUAUCUCCUCUGAAAGCCUCCUGAGCGCGUGCUGUCACAUUCUGGACAACUUACCGUUCAUUGUGUGUUUGGUUCAUUCUCCUGUUUCUGGAUCCAGCGCCAGCUAGCUUAGCAGCCAGCCGCUGAUAGAGUCAGACACACAGGUAGAGGAGAGGAGAGGAGAGGAGGUGACAAAGGAAGGUGGCGAGGAGACGAUGAACCGCUUUCGAAAGUGGCUGUACAAGCCCAAGAGGACGGACCCUCAGCUCCUGGCCCAGUUCUACUACGCCGAUGAAGAGCUGAAUCAGGUGGCCACCGAGCUUGACAGCCUCGAUGGCAGGAAGGACCCUCAGAGAUGUACCCUGCUGGUCAACCAGUUCCGCUCUUGUCAGGACAAUGUGUUGAACAUUAUCAAUCAGAUCAUGGAUGAAUGUAUCCCCCACGACCGGGCCAACAGAGACUUCUGCGUCAAGUUCCCUGAGGAGAUUCGUCAUGACAACCUGGCAGGGCAGCUGUGGUUUGGGGCCGAGUGUUUGGCUGCCGGCUCGAUCAUCAUGAACAGGGAGAUAGAGAGUAUAGCGAUGAGGCCCCUGGCUAAGGACCUUACUCGCAGCCUGGAGGAGGUACGCAACAUCACCAGAGACCAGGCCCUGAGAGACCUCAACUUGUACACAGACCGCAUGAAGGACGCACUGCGACACUUCGACAGCCUUUUCGCUGAGUUUGAGCUCAGUUAUGUGUCAGCCAUGGUGCCUGUAAAGUCUCCCAAAGAAUACUAUGUACAGCAGGAGGUGAUUGUGCUCUUCUGUGAGACUGUGGAGAGGGCCCUGAAGAUGGGCUACCUCAAUCAGGACAUGAUCGAUGACUAUGAACCCGCUCUGAUGUUUACAAUUCCCAGACUAGCCAUUGUGUGUGGGCUGGUUGUGUAUUCAGAGGGACCUCUCAGCCUCGAUAGAAAAUCAGAUGACAUGUCUGAGCUCUUCCGCCCUUUUCGCACCCUGUUAAAGAAAAUCAGAGACCUGCUGCAGACCUUGACUGAGGAGGAGUUGCUGACGCUGGAGAGAAACCUGUGUAUCUCUCAGGACGGGGAGUUGUCCACGGACCUUGCAGUGGCCACAGACAGCUCAGAAGCUCCAGUCCAAGAGAAUCAGUCAUCCUGCAAACCCACUAAUGACACCUCCAAGGGGGAGAGUGGUAGGGAGCAGGAGCAUCUGGCUCUGUAUGUCUGUCCCAGCCAGGAGGAGGAGCCGGCGGAAGUGGAAAAGGCCUGGGAAGUGGAAACAGAGAGGGGGGAGGAAGAGCAGGAGCAGGGCCUGCUGUGUGAGGAGGCGGAGGAGGCUGAGUUGGCCUGCUCCAUGCAGUAUGAUGAGGAGGAGCUGGAGCAGCUCAAUAUGAUGGUGUAUCGCGUGGGAGACGAGAUGUCCUCCCUUCUGUCGCCUCCCAGCCAGGGUCAGUCCCCAGCACACCAACCUGGCAGAGGAGAUGGAGGAGGCUCCAGUGGAGCUUCCAGCACAGAGGCCUCACCCCGUAGGCUCCUGGUGAGCAAGGGAAGGACAGGCCUCUAUGUAGAGGAAGAGGACAGGGUCUUCCUCAUGGAUGACCUGGAUGCAGCAGGAGAAAACAUCACCAGCAUCUCAAGAGAGGCGUACAAUUGUAUCGCCUCUCCUUCCAAAGCACCGCUGUCUGCCCGUCCUAUGCAGCGCAAACCCAGCCCAAGACCGGACCCCAACAGGAACGGCUGGUUCUCUGAUGCCCAGUCAGAGCAGCCGUGCUCACAGCCACGCAGCCACAACGCACACUGUCCUCAUGCAAAGCGCCCUUCUUGCACUUCCGCAGAGCCUCUGCCUUACACAAACGGCUGGGACAUGGCUUUAGAGGGGACAGCUUCUGAAACAGCUGAGGUCAUCGCCCAUCGUAUGGGUGGGAUGAAGCUGUCCGCCACCGUCAUCUUCAACCCUCGCUCCCCAAGCUUAUCAGAGCUGGCCGUGGACAAGUUGCUGCUGCCGCGGCCUGCUCCCUCUGAGAUCGAGCCAUGCGGCCCCCUGGUGGCCACUCACUGCCUGCUCAACUCCUGUGUCUGCUGCGGGAGCUGUGAGGACAGCCACGAGGACACCAUCACCACAGAAACCACAGGACUUGGGUUAGGCCUCGCUCUGGGUUUGGACAAACACUGUAAGAUGGCAGCACCCAGCACAGUCAUCCAGUCCUCUGCUUGCAGGCUUCCUCCCCGAGGUCACGACCCUCACAGUAAAGGAGAACCCACCCAGUUUACCCCACCUUCCUCUCGCAGCUCUGCAGAGACCCUGGAGGAGGAUUCAAACUCCAAGCUCUGUGAGAAGUGCCUGGAUGUGCCGGGGCUCCACAUAAAGGAGGGUAGCUCCAGUGAAGGGGACAGACACUCCACAUGCAACCACCAGCUGGAGACCGAGCAGAGGCAGCAGGCCAGUGGAGGCCGGCAGAGGGACAAGGAGACAGAGAAGGACAGGCCAGGAACUAAAAAUUCGAUGAGGGACACCAAAGAAGACAGUGGGAGGAGCUCCAGUUUCCAGAGUUCCCCCCUCAGCUCUGUGUCAGGUAGUGACUGUGAGAGUGUGUCGGUCACCACAUGUAGUCUGUCAAGCAGUGCAUACACCCCCAGCCCCGUCAGCAGCCUGACCCCCAGUUCCGGGAUGUCCGAAGACCUGGAGCAUCAAGAGAUCCAGUUGGCUCUACACGAUGCCAAGAUGGCUGCCAGGAACAAGAUCCGAUCCCGCUUCCACAGCAGCAGCGACCUCAUCCACCGUCUCUUUGUUUGUAUAUCAGGAGUCGCCGAUCAGCUGCAAACCAACUACGCCAGCGACCUUCGCAGCAUCCUGAAGACUUUGUUUGAAGUCAUGGCAACCAAGUGCGAGCAGGGAGGCAAUGAUAAGCAAAACAAAGGUCCCAAUCUUCGUAGUGCGGUCCUCGAGGACUGUGCUCUCUGUCAGGAGACCAUUUCCUCAUCCGAAUUGGCAGCAAAGGCUCGGGAAGGCCAGUUCGAAGACCCUCCAGACUGGGUCCCUGAUGAAGCCUGUAACUCCUGCAUUGCCUGCAAAGCUCCCUUCACUGUCAUCCGUAGGAAGCAUCACUGUAGAAGCUGCGGGAAGAUCUUCUGCUCUCGCUGCUCCUCCCAUUCUGCUCCCUUGCCCCGGUAUGGCCAGGUGAAGCCCGUCAGGGUUUGCACACACUGCUACAUGUUCCACGUCACUCCCUUCUACAGCGACAAGGCCGGCAUCUGACCCCUGUUCAUCACUGAGAGCACACAGUCAGAAGCAUACGUGACGGACACAUCCAAGGCUGCGUGCAAAGCAAACUGCUCUGGUAAACCUAAUGGUCGUCAUCGUACAAGCUCAGCAAAGCUUCAGAGUCAGACCAUUACAGAUGACAGAGCAGAGAUACGAGACACACAGCUGCGAGUCAACCUGUUUCUGUUGCUUCAGAGAGAUUGGUGCAUCACUGCAAACCAAAGGGGUUGAUUUCAGCAUGAAGCUGACACGUACAAGUGAUUCACAAAUGCCUGUUAGACUGUAGAGACGGGAAACAGAGAGCGGAAGAACAGACAAUAACCGAAUUUGAACUGGCUUUGUGCAACAGUCCUCUGUAGCAGGUUGCAGCACGAAAUGAGAACAGACCACCUUGUUUUAUCUGUUGCUUAAGAUGUAAUUGAAAGGACUUGUGACACAUUUUUGAUUAUUGCUUUACCGAGCUUCCUUCAGUCGUGCCAGAGCUCCCACGGGACUCAGAUAACACUAAAGAAUGUAAGUCAUGAUAACCGCAUAAAUAAGGAUCAAUCUGGCAAAAGCUUCACGACAAUGUCUGCAGUGCAAAGUUGCUACUUACCAGGAACUGGAGAGCAAUCGUCACCGCUCCCAGUACAGCAAAAAUGAAAAACUGAGCUUUUACAAUGAGGUUCCUCCAUGCUCUUGAUAGCAAUGAAUGUGUAACUCUGCACCACACACGUUCACCUCUCAGCGGCAGUGGGCUGUGCCCUUUGCUUUAAUAGUGACACCAGGGCAUGUUCAGUUUUCUCUGGGUACUUGGCUGCCCUCUGAGAUGGAUAAAAGGGAUUCCUUAGUCAUUGUUGUCAGGUCUCAAAGGCCCCCUUGUGGAGAGUUGAGAUCACUCAUCAUCAUGUUGUGUACAGUUUGUUCUGAACCAGAGGCCUUCUCAGGUGCUGGCCUACAGACUUGAGGCCAAUUAUCGCCUAUUGAUUUCUCUUCUUCACACUACACAUAGUGCAAUAUUAUGACUACUUACUGAAAUGAUCCCACACAUUUGAAAACAGUCUUUUGUUCUUCAGAUUGUUAUAAAGGUAAUUUAUUUUGGGAGAACUUUAAUUGGGAUUUACACUUACUUGUCUUUUGCUCUUGUGGUACCAUCACACAGGAGCAGAUUUUUGCUCCUGACAUCCUUUUGUGCUUUUGAAUCUGCUUCCAUUGCAAUGAUGGAUCACAAAGUAUCUUCCAUGCUUCUCAUAUAUGAACAGUUUGCACAUCUACAUAGUCGAAUAUGACCAAUCCACAAGCAUCCACCUUUGAAAUAUAUCAUCAUGUCCAUCCUGCUCUGCCUCGACAGCAGUCUCCUCAGGCAUUACAUACUCCAAAUCAUUCACUGUUGUUUGAUUAAGCAUACUUCAUUAAAGAACAUAUACACUUUGAGAAGGUAUUUUUUUCUUUUAUAAAGAACAAAAAUGAUGUAUGAAGCUAUAAUUACCUUUAUGUGAAACACAAGGAAUCAUGCAGUAAUGAAAGGGCGGGAUAUCCUUUUAUUGUUUCAGAGCUUGGUCUUAUUUUGUAAAAAAUCCUGGACAUUUCCAUGAUAAAAGCUGUGUGAAAUAUUCAACAAACAAAUAAUGUUAUAUAGUUUUAAAUGCGAUGUAUAUUGAAAUAAAUUACUUUUUCCUGUUUAAACUGUU